AUGGACGAGGCGUUUGUGGCGCCGCAACACGUGAUCCUUGGCCGUGAUCUGACCCUCAAUGAUGAUUCGGCCAGAUUUGAGCUGCUGGGCCCGGCUCCAAUCCAAGUCAUGGCCGCCCAGGCUUGUCGGCACAUUGUGGGCUUUAUAAACGCCGGCCUAUCAGGCCGUGUACUCUUCGGCAUCCGGAAUGGGCUAGUCGUGGGAGCACAGGAACAAACCCAUGACUUGCGCAAGGUGGGCGUGUUUCGUAGCGCCUUUGAUGAGCUCUGCACGCAGCGCUUGAGCACCAAAGGCACCCGCUGUAUCAACAGCCACUUGGAGCAGAUCCAAAUCAUUGCCGUCCCUGUUGUCGACGCCACUGAUCACAAGUAUCGCAACUGCAUUCUCGAUGUCACCAUCACCAUCCUGGACCCUGCCACACAAGUUGAUCUUCCCAUGAUCGCCCUCGCCUUGGAAGGAAACGACCUCGUCUAUCCCAUUCGCACUCAAGCCGGCCGUACCAUCGACUGCUCACAGCACCUGAUGGACCAAGCCCUUCAAUUCAUGCGUCAGCAUCGUUCUUCUGGCCAUGGCCUUGCUCCCCCCCUCGUGGGCCGGUGCCCCCACGUCUUGCACGCUCUCGAGCGCCUCAUGGUCACGGCCAGCCUCGUUCACCAGAAGCGUUCCCAAGCGGUUCCUGGGCCAUCGGCCUCAACGGAAACCAUGCCGACGCUGGGGGUAGAAAGUGCGACCAGCCACGAAACCUCUGCUGGCAAGAAGAAACCCAAGAAGAACAAAAAGGACAAGACAACCACCAAAGCGGAAAGCAAACCAAACGUGACAACAGCAGCUGAACACAGGAAGAGUCAUGACAAACUCGCUGAUCCUAUCUUAAAAAAAGACAAGACGAACUCGCCGGCCAAACACGACGAGCAGAUCUCUGAGCAAGCUAAGAAAAAGAAGAAGAAGAAGAAGAAGAAGAAGGAUGAUCUGAAGGAUAACAACAAGGAUUCUCAAAAGAAUCCAAACCCUCAGGUGGGGAAAGCGGAUAUCCAAAGCCUCCCCAAAGCUUUCAGUAAAAACACCUCUGGCACACCACAAGCGCAAGGUCCCCAAGUCCAGCUCGCCCCAGUGCCGCCACCUCAAGGCGCGGAAGACGAGGCCAGCAGCGACUCGGAUUUUCCCGACAUUGAGGAGUUUGUCCAACGCAUCAAUGGCCGGCCAGGACGAGCCAAGCGCCUCUCUUCAGACUUGCUGCAGAGGAGGAAUCAAGGGAACAAUGAGACCAAGCGCGUCAAGCGAGCAGAACGCGCGUGGGAGCCAGACGGAACAUAUCCCGCCACCACGACAAAACGGAGUUUGGGAAGCCGAGGUCAUGAAGCCAAGGCCGCACUGCACUCGGAGGCUGUCCAUUCAAACUUGCCGGAGGGACUCGGAGAUGUACCUGCCCUUGUCUCUGUAAGAUCUGGGCCUGAUUCUCCGUCAACGAAUAGCUCCCGAAAUGAAGUGCCUAGACAGGUUUCAGACAAAUUGGUUCCAGUUGCCAUCAUCGAGCGCGUGGUGCAAGCGACACUGCCAGUUUUGGUCCAAGCUCUGGUCGGUCAGCAUCAAGCUUCAGGCGAAGAUGCGGACCCGGAUACGCCAGAACGACACCAGCUGCUGCAACUUGUCACUCGGCGCCUUGUGAAUGACCUCAACGGUGAAUCUGGUGCCAAAGCAAUCAGCACAACCCCCGAGUGA